AUGGACAAUACGAGGAUGAACUCCUUCUUAGAGUAUGCAAUUUGUAACCGUGGGACGGGCGCCUACCAUCAUUUAGAGCAAAGCUCCCCAUCCUUCCCCUCUUGCUCAGGUAGCCCCGGCAGUGACACUUUUCAAGGAGACGGUCGCUUUGGAGCGGGGCUCUACCUCGGGCAGCAGGAGGCGGACGGGGGGUACUUCCAGGGGUACGGUGCCAACGCGGGAUCCACCCUCGGCUCCUUGGCAGAGAGCUACUGCGGGGCCGGGCAGUACCAGCAACAACACCUUUACGGGCAGGAGCAGCCCAGCUACUCGCCCGGCGUUUACAGCAACCUCUCGUCUUCUUUAAACGAGGACAAAGACCCUUCGUGCCCCUCCGAGCUGUGCCCCAACGCCAGCGCCACGCAGACCUUCGACUGGAUGAGAGUGAAGAGGAACCCCCCCAAGACAGCCAAAGUGUCGGAGUUCGGGCUCCUGGGCCAACCCAACACCAUCCGCACCAACUUCACCACCAAGCAGCUGACGGAGCUGGAGAAGGAGUUUCACUUCAACAAGUACCUCACCCGGGCCCGGAGGGUGGAAAUCGCCGCGACCCUGGAGCUCAACGAAACCCAGGUCAAGAUCUGGUUCCAAAACAGGCGGAUGAAGCAGAAGAAAAGGGAAAAAGAAGGUCUCGCCCCCGCUGCUGCCUCCAGGGCUGCGAAGGAUGCGAGUGAAGCCUCGGAUCAGUCCAACUGCACCUCACCUGAGGCAUCCCCCAGCUCGGUGUCUUCCUGA